AUGUUUAUGUGUGCUGUUACAAAGGCAAUAUUUACAACUGAUGGUGAUGUUUUUUUAGAUGGUAAGAUAGGCAUUUGUCCAUUUAUUACACAAGAGCCAGCAAAAAGAAGCUCUAAGAACAAGAAAAGGGGGGAGUUGGAAACAAAACCAAUACAAUCAAUCAUGAAAGAACACAUUAGAGCAAUGCUUAUCACUAAUGUGCUGCCAACCAUAAGAGCAAAAUGGACUGAAGGAUUGUCAAAGCAUAUUUACAUUCAACAAGACAAUGCCAAACCACAUAUAGCACAUAAUGAUAGAGAAUUUUUAGAAGAGGCAAUGAAAGAUGGGUUCGACAUUCAACUAGUUCAACAACCAUCAAAUUCCCCUAACAUGAAUUUACUUAGGGCUGUGAAUAAUGCUUUUGAGAAUCUAAGUCCACAGUGUCUUAAGUUUGUAUUCAUCACAUUACAAGCAUGUAUUAUAGAGGUGAUGAAAAGACAAGGAGGAUUUGACUAUCAAAUUCCUCACAUGAACAAAACAAAGGCAGCAAGGGAAGGCACUUUACCAAAUUACCUCAGUAUUGACAAACAUUGGUUGUUGAUUCACUUCAACAUUUAUUCACAAAACUAA